UGGAGACUACUUUUUCAAGUUAGUUUGUGGGGUUGUUUUCUCAGAAAAAGGUCCUUUCCCAUAGCUUUGUUGUUCCUUCUGGACAAACAUGACAAAAGUUCCUCCGUCCCGUGGGGUCAAAAAGGGAUAUGACACCGGCAACUUCUCCUCAAACUUCGAAAUCGAAACAUAAAUGAAGGUCAAAUCUCAAGUCUUUGAGGACAAGAAUCCAAUCAAACGCCUCAAGUCUUUAACGACACUGGACACCUAUGGUAACUGUCAAAGACCAGUCCUCUCACUUGGUGUAUCUCAACAUGCUCAAAAUAACAAACCUAUGAAACUGGUCGUUGAAGUGAACUUAAGUGCUACGAGGUCAUCAGAAGUUCACAUAACAAACUAUUCCAAUAACAGUCAUGAACCUGAGGGUGCCCUUGUUUGCGUGCGGACUCUAUGUGUUCACCAAGACUUCAGGAAUAAGGGUGUAGCCACCAAACUUUUGAAGCAUUUCAUCCAAUAUGUUCAAGAGAAUGUGAAGAACGUCAGAAAAAUGGGCCUAAUUUGCCAUGACAACCUCAUACCGAUGUAUGUAAAACUUGGAUUCCAAUGUAGAGGUCUCUCAGAGAUGCCUGGAGACCCACCAUGGUACUAUAUGGAGAGAAGUAUCGGAGGAAACUAGCUUUUGGUUUUAAGGAGGACUGAUGUUUCCGAAGUGACUCAUCUACUACUAAGAGUGUAGACUUGUGGACAAGUCGUUAAUGGUCUGCCACGCUGAGAUAGGCGAGUUGUGGCUGUGCUCUCACGAGAUCACUGCUCUUGCGCGAACUGCUGGUUGCCGACUUCUACAUUAAAUGGGACUGUAGUCGUGUGAGCAGUAGUCUCGCGGGGCCAGCAGUCUCGGAGAAUACCGCGGGAAUCGCGGGGAGAUUCGGAAUGCUAUCACCGCGACAGACAUUUAACGACUUGUCCACAAGUCUACUAAUAGUGCAGAGCAGUGUCGCAGAAAAAGUGGUCUUGCCAGAGCAGUUAUUAGUCUUGAAGAGUUGAGUGUUAUAUAAACUAUCACCAAGAACAUGUAAUGACUUGUCUGCAGCUGCAAAGGGUUGAUAAGAAUAUUAAGGCUUAUGGGAGAUCGUCUCAGUGGAGGUCUCACCCCUCAAUGUGAAAAUGGAAUAUUCCAGGGCUAUUUUUAGAAACUAAGCAAGGAUAUCAAAUCCGCCUAUAAGAUUUGUUAGACUUAAGAAAACUGGAUUUUGUGAACUUUCAAUAAAAGUACUAAAUUAUAUUUUAUGAAA